GUGUGUGCAGGACAUCGGCACUGAUAGAGGAACUUACACCAUCUCCAACAAACAUGAAUAAAUGUAGUGCAAAAACACAAAGAAUUUAUAAAGAGUUUAACUGAACUAAAUCAAACAGAGUUCAACAGUUAAUGACAUGAUGACUGACAGCUGUCACACAGAUUUAACAGCAGAAGAACAGAUGGAGAUUAAACAUCUAAAGAAGCACAAACAGAUACUGCUUGAGGACAUUGAGAAACUGAAGAAUCAGAUUGAAAAUGUAAUGGCAGAUAUUCAGGAUUUCAAGUCUGCAGAGGACAAUAAAAUAUUGGAGAGAGAAAAACGCUUCUGUAGUGGAAAGAAGAAAUUCAACAUGGAACCUAAAAAGGGUAUCAAGUAUCUGGUUGAGAACGAUCUUCUUGACUGGAGAGCGGAACCGGUAGCCGAGUUUCUGUAUAAAGAGGAAGGACUCAAUAAGACAGCCAUCGGAGACUUCCUCGGAGAGAGAGAGGAAAUGCACCUGCAGAUAUUAAAAGCAUUUGUGGAUCUGCACGAGUUUUCAGAUCUGAACCUGGUUCAGGCAUUACGACAGUUCUUAUGGAGUUUCCGACUGCCUGGUGAAGCUCAAAAAAUUGACCGCAUGAUGGAGGCUUUCGCUACACGUUACUGUAACUGUAACCCUGAAGUCUUCCAGUCAACAGACACGUGUUACAUCCUAUCGUUUGCCAUCAUCAUGUUGAAUACGAGUCUACACAACCCCAACGUGAAAGAUAAAACUACUCUGGAGCGAUUCAUCAGCAUGAACCGAGGAAUAAACAAUGGUGAUGACCUACCUAAUGAUCUGCUCACGAAUCUGUAUAACAGCAUACGAAAUGAACCCUUCAAAAUCCCAGAGGAUGAUGGGAAUGAUCUUACACACACGUUCUUCAACCCUGACCGGGAGGGCUGGCUGCUCAAGCUGGGCGGUCGUGUGAAGACGUGGAAGAGACGCUGGUUUAUUCUCACUGAUAACUGCCUGUAUUAUUUCGAAUUCACCACAGACAAAGAGCCACGCGGGAUUAUUCCGCUGGAGAAUCUGUGUGUGCGGGAAGUGUUUUAUCCCAGAAAACCGUAUUGUCUGGAGCUAUAUAACCCUAACAGCAGAGGUCAGAAGAUCAAAGCUUGUAAGACGGAGACAGACGGGCGUGUCGUUGAAGGGAAACAUCAGUCAUACACAAUCUGUGCUGCAUCAGCUGAAGAGAGAGAUGACUGGAUUGAAUCCAUCAGGGCCAGCAUUACGAAAGAUCCUUUUUAUGAUCUUGUGUCUGUCCGAAAGAAGAAAGUCAUCAACAAAGUUCCAGAGAAGUGAGAGAAGAAAAUGACCAUCGUACAUUAAAUAAGUGCAUAUGAGCAUGGUGCUGUUGAGAUUUUAUGAACUGCAAACUGGGCAGAAUGACAAGAAUGUCCACAUUUAUUUAUGCAUCAAUGACUUUUAUUUCACAGUCAGUGUUGUUUUUACCAUUUGAUCAAAUGUUGCCCUUUAACUUGUCUACCGACUGAUGACACAGUGUUACGAUUAAAUCUUCAGGAGAACUGUGAAUCUUUUGAAACCUGUAAAAAUAUCAGCCACAAAUCAAAAGAAAGAAAUAAGGAAUUAGGUUUUGCAUCAAGAAAAUGAAGCCUAGUUAAAAGUUUUGAUAUUAUUUGUAUGACAAUUAAUUUUCCACAUAACAAACAUUAUUUAUGGUAAAAUAUGUAUUUGUCCUGGUAGUAUUUGUUGCACUGUCUUAAAAAUUAUUGUUUUACAAAAAUGAGAAUCAUUAUGAGAUUAAUGAAGAUUGCAAACAAACUCAAAUGUAAAAGUUCUGGGUGCAUUACAUAAUGAGGAAUUAGGAAUUGUGCUUAAUUUAACGGCCCUAAAAAUAGGCUUCUUAUUUUUGAUUUUGGGGUGAAAUAUGACUUGGAUGUGUUUUUAUGAGAUUCACACACAAACUGUUUUAUACCAUUUUAAGCAGAUAGUUUCUUGUUUUGAAUGUAAAAUAUUUUUGUACAUAUUUUGGAUCAUAUGAGAUUAUAGUGAUGGUCUUAUACAUCCAUCCAUUUUCUAUAGCCACUUGUCCAAUGUAGGUUUGCGGGAAGUGCUGGAGCCUAUCCCAGCAGUCUCGGGCCAAAGGCAGUGAAACACCCUGGACAGGUGUGCAGUCCAUCACAGGGCAAAACAUACAGACAUACACAUUCACAUUCUCACUAUGAAUUGUACAGUUGAUUUCUUAUUUAAUAAAGUUAUU